UGUGGAUGGGGAUCACACUCAACGGGCCACAUGGAUUAUCACACAAAUCGGGCAGUCCCUGGAACAGACAAGCAUUCAGGAUUCAGGGAAGACAGACACACAUCUGGACAAAUGAUGCCUGGUCGGUUGGGAAUGCCAAUUGCCCAGGAGCCACUGUGGAUUUCGUGGCACGACUCCAACUGGAUACCCAUCCUCAAUCCUACAAAUGUUAUGGACUAUUUCUCCGAGAAAUCCAAUCCUUUCUACGACAGGACCUGCAACAAUGAGCUGGUUAAGAUGCAGAGACAGAGCCUGGAGCAGCUCAACAACAUGAUUGGUGUGGAAUUCAUUCUGCUCCACGUUCAAGAUCCCAUUCUGUAUGUUAUCCGAAAGCAACACAGGCACUCGCCCACAGAGGCUACGCCCAUUGCGGAUUACUAUAUCAUCGCUGGUACAGUGUAUCAAGCUCCAGACCUGGCGAGUGUCUUCAACUCUCGCCUUUUGUCAGCUGUGCAUCAUCUGCAGAGUGCCUUUGAGGAAUCCUCGGGCUACUCUCGCUACCAUCCCAACAAAGGCUACACUUGGGACUUUUCCUCCAACAAAGCUCUCACUGACAAGUCCAAGACUCAGACGAAGAAGGAACCAGCGCCAGCCAAGGAAGAAGCCAGUUCCCUAUUCCAGCGCAAAAGAGUUGAUAUGCUGUUGGGAGAAUUGAUAAGAAAGUUCCCACUUCCACUCCCAACAUCGCACCAGAAUCCCGCCCAGCAACCAUCCAAUGUGAAUGGGAACAUCAAGAAAGAGCCGGAAACAGAUACGAAGCCCGAUGUAGGUGGUCAGGAACUUGGCGGAACACAAGCAAAUGGGGCUGAAAAUGAGAAUGGGGCUCCGGGAAGUCUCCUGACAGAUAUCAAGACAGAGAACAAGAGUGAAAUGAAACCACCGCCUGAGAAAAAGAUGAAAUUUAACUAGAAUUAGAGAAAAUACAAGAUUUAUAAUC